AUGGACCAAGGACUUUCUUCUUUAAAAAAAAGAACAAAAAGAGAAAUUUCACAUGAUAAAAAAAUAAAGCCAAAUAAAAGAAUUACAAAAUUUAUUGAUUUAGUUCGAUCACUUAAAAUUACAAAAGUGUCAAGAGGAUUAGAAGAUAUAAUGAAUGGAACAACACCAUCACAAUAUUUUAUUAGUCAGUACAAUAAUUUAUGUAAUGAUAUUAUUGCAAAUGUUACUCAAAAGUCAUUUUAUUCUAUUCAUGAAACAAAUGAAGUAAUAGAAGGAAUAAAUAUUGAAUUACCUCAAAUCACUUUUCCACCAACAAUAAUGAAUUCAUUAACUGAAAUGAUUAAUGACCUUGAUAAUAUAAAUUAUGAUAAUAUCAUUUCUCUUUUUAGUUCUAAUCAAAGUUUAUCUCUUGCAGUGCAAUAUAUUCAUGGUUUAGGUAAUAUAUUAAAUCAAAAAAUUCCUCUUGACUCUAUUGAACAAUCUCAAGUACUUCGUCUUUCAACAAGUAUUAUUAAUGAUCAAUUAAAUAUUAAUAAUUGUGAAGUUCGUUCAUCAAUAGAAUUUUUAGAAUUAUUAUUUGUUGAUUUAUUAUUUGGUGAUAAAGAAAUAUCAUUUAUACAAAAAAUAACACGAUUAAAUGAUCUUGCAGACCAAUUAUUAAUGCAACUUGGAAGUUUAGGAGGAUUAAAAAAUGAGUUAUUAAAUUAUCUUGAUGGAAUAGAUGAAUCAUAUUUACCACAAGGAUUAAUAGAUAUUUUAAGAAUGUAUAUUAAUAAUAAUUAUUAUUUAAAUUCUAAACAACGGGAUGAUACAGUUAAAUAUAUUCCUGAAUUUGAAAUAUCAAAAGAUUAUUAUGGAUUAUUAUAUUGUAAUUUAAUAGCAAAUAUUGAUAUAUCUGGAAAAUACCAUGAAGUAGACUCAAUAAUAAAAUAUUCAUUAGAUGAUUAUAUUUGGUAUAACUUUGUUUUAUAUCAACAUAAUACUCAAAAAAUAAAAGAAUUUGAAGAUUCUAUUUCAAAAAUUAUUCCAAUGAAAUAUUCUUAUUUAUUUUGUAUUAUUCAUCAUUAUCAAGAUGCUUUAACAUUAAUUCUUAAAGAACAGGAACUUGACUAUCAAUGUAUUUCUGCAGUAUUACUUAUUUCUUCAUUAUGUAUUCAUCACAAUUUAAUUCAACAAUCUACAGCAAAAACAUUUGAUUUAUUAUUAAAGAAACCAUUAAUAGAAUCUAAUAAAACAUUCAAUUUUAAUAAAUUUGUUUAUCAAUUUAUUAGUACUUAUAAUCCUCCUCAAAGUACAGUUAUUGCAUUAAUUAAUUUACUUGGAGCUCCUUAUAAUAGAGAAGCUACUAUUAAAAUUAUUAUGGAACUUGGAAGGUCUGAAUUAUUAAGUACAGACCAAGUUGGUAAUAAUCCAGAAGUUAUUGAUACAAUCACUAAACAAGCUAGAUUAGAAAAACCAGAGGUUGCUAUGAUGGUUAAUAGUAUGGUUGGUGAUAUGAAUGAAUAUCUUAAAAUUAUUAAUGAAAAAACUGCUGUUAUGUUAAAUGAUCAAAUUGGUAGAAUGAAUGUUGUUAAUGAAUUAAGUAUUGUAACAGAAUCAGUAUUAUCAAGAGUUACAGAUCCUAUUAUUAAGAAUGAUUUCUUUAUUCUUGUUAGAGUUUAUGGAAUUUAUGGUUCAUGUUAUAAUCUUGACAUUGAUGGAACACUUAAUCAAAUGAAUGAAAUAGGUAUUUUCCCAAUGAAAUUUGAUCAAAUAGAUUCAUGUUUAAUAAGAAUUCAAUCAUUACAAUCAAAUGUAUUAAGAAAAAUUAUGAAUAAUAUUUAUUAUGAAGUUAUUUCUUUAUUUAGUGAAUAUCUUGUUGAAUUUACAACAAAUAGAACUAUUUAUAUUGAUCAAAUGAUUCCUAUCCUUAAAGAAAUUAUUAAAAGUUGUUUCGUUAUCAUUAAUAUAUUACCACAAUAUUUUAUUCAACAACAGUUUAUUGGAUUAAUGAAUUCUAAUCGUUCACUUUUAAUUUAA